AUGCCGCUGAUAAUCCGGGCCAGACCCCACAGAGGGGUGCAGUAUGCGGGCCUCAGACACGCCCCUCCCCCCUCUGAUGCCUGCCCCCCCCUCGGCCCCCCCCUGCAGAGGCGGGACUCCCUGCAGCCCCCCUCCAGCUCGGGCCGUCCUGUGGGCUCCUGCCGGGGUCUGCUCCCUCACCACACCCUGCCGGACUCUGGCCUCAGCCCGGUCCUGGCCUGGCACGCCGCCAUCAGCGCCGCUCGCCACGCCCAGGACGCCACGGAGGAGAUGAGUGGUCCCCCCGUGGCCCCCCCAGGCCCCCCCCCUGCAGCCCCUCCUGGCCCCCCCUCAGCUGGAGCCCUGGCCCAGAGGAAGAGGCAGCAGUAUGCCAAGAGUAAGAAGCAGGGCGGCUCGUCCAGCGGGCGUCCUCCUCGCGCUCUCUUCUGCCUCACGCUCAACAACCCUCUGCGCAGAGCCUGCAUCAGUCUGGUGGAGUGGAAGUAUCCUUCACUCACAUUCUAG